AUGGACAACCUCACCAUCUUCACAGAAUUCCUCCUCAUGGAUGUCACAGGCUCCCGGGAGCUCCAGGUUCUACAAGGUGUGUUAUUCUUAGUUAUUUAUCUGGGAGCACUCACAGGGAAUCUUGUGACUGUCACUGUUAUCCUGACAGACACACGUCUGCACUCUCCCAUGUACAUUUUUAUAAGCAAUGUGUCCUUCAUAGAUCUCGGAAGUAUCACAGUUGUUGUUCCCAAGGCCAUUGUGAAUUCCAUGAUGGACAAUAAGAGGAUCUCCCUGACAGAGUGUGCUGCACAGAUUUUCCUGAAUAUCCUUUUUGGAGCAGUGGAGAUUGCCCUCCUGGUGGUCAUGUCCUAUGACCGCUAUGUGGCCAUUUGUCACCCUCUGCACUAUGGGAUCAUCAUCACCCCAAGUCUGUGUUCCCAGGCUGCAGCUGGUUCCUGGGCCUCUGGUUUGGUCUACUCUGCUAUCCACACAGGUGCUCUGUUCAGGCUUCCUUUCACCAAGACCAAUGGGAUCCAGCAAUAUUUCUGUGAUAUUCCUCAAAUUCUGAGAAUAUCAUCAUCUGUUGUCCAGUAUUCUGAAUUUGUAAUCAUUGUU